AUCUACUCAAGGCAGCAGUCGCGUGCAGUCACAAGGUGGUGGACAACGCGCCAACAAACUCACACACUCGUUAGGCUCGUAGGUUUGAAGGGCGGUUGGCGCUUAAUCUCGAUCGUGUUUGUUGAUAGUCAUCGGCUGUAGACAAUACAUCGCUCAUUGCGAGGGGUGCGAGAUUGCCAACACCCACCGAGAGCGCCACCGGCCAAGGUACCACCACCAAUACCAGCGCACAGCGGUCGUAGAAAUAGAAUGGCUCGUGGUACGCCGUUGGCAGCGCUUUCUUGUCUAAUAUUCCUUAACUGUUUGAAGCCAUUGAUAAGCUGGCCGGCGAACGACAAAGACGCUCCCGACAUGUCGCAGCCCGACUACGAUCAGUAUCUUGGCGACUAUCUGAAGCCUGGUGAUACAUUGGCCCUUCUGCUUGACUACGAUGGAACGCUGGCCGAGUUAACGUCCCACCCGAAUCUCACGCAGAUGAGCGAUGAGAUGCGGGAAAGUUUGCGCAACAUCGCAAACAGUGGCAAAGCGUUUGUUGCGGUCAUCUCCGGACGGGAUGUGGAUGGGGUGAAGGAAAAGAUCGGAAUCGACAGCAUGAUCUACUCGGGCAAUCAUGGGCUGGAGGUGCUGUAUCCGAACGGUACCCGGCACAACCAGGGUAUACCGAAGGAUGUGGCGGACAACUUCGACAAGAUGAUUGACCAUCUGAAUCGGGAGGUCGUUCAUCAUGGUUCGUGGGUUGAGAAUAAGCGCGUAUCGAUAACAUUUCACUUCCGUGAAGCCGAACAGAAGUACGUACCGGAGAUGGCUGCACGUGCUAAAGAGAUCAUAGAAUCGUACGGGUACCGGGCGAAUCCGGCCCAUGCCUCGGUUGAGGGCAAACCUCCGAUCCAAUGGAAUAAGGGUCUGGCGGCGGAAUAUAUUCUCGGAAGCAGCUUCGACCCUAACUGGCGCACCCGGAAGGUGCUGUUUGCCGGGGACGAUACCACCGACGAGGACGUGAUGAAGAUGAUCAAGGGCACCGGAAGGUCGUUCCGGGUAACGAAAGAUAAGGACCUGGUGACGAAUGCGGACUAUAAAAUACCUUCGGUGGAUGCGGUUUAUCACCUGCUAAAGUGGAUCGAAUCGAGAGUUGCUUAGGGUGGCAGUGAAACGGUUUCAAUAAAAACAUUCAAGUGCUGGUGAUGAAUGUGCAAUGGGUUCAGUGACAAUCA